CCCGCAUCCCGCAUCCCGCAAAACGUAUCCAUACCCGCCAGCUGCUCUCUGCUCCCCGCUGCCUCGCCUGCCCAGCUGCUCCCACGUUUGGAGCUGCUGCCGACUACCACCCCGUGUUCACAGUGGCCGCUGGGCCCUGACGUCCACAAUGGGGCUCCCAAGCCUCUGCUCGAAGCUCUUUGCGUCCUGCUGCGGAGGUCGCUCCAAAGACAGCCUGUAUGAUCCCGUCCUCGCGGAUAGCGAGCGAGAAGCCGUUGCCGACCUCCUGGGCUUCUUGGAAAACCGAGCCGAGACAGACUUCUUCUCUGGAGAGCCCCUCCGCGCGCUGAGCACUCUCGUCUAUUCCGACAACAUCGACCUACAGCGGAGCGCCAGUCUGACCUUCGCCGAGAUUACGGAGCGAGAUGUACGAGAAGUCGAUCGCGAUACCUUGGAGCCCAUUCUAUUCCUCCUCCAGAACCCCGACAUCGAGGUGCAGCGGGCUGCAAGCGCGGCGCUCGGAAACUUGGCGGUGAACACGGAAAAUAAGGUUGCCAUUGUGUCGCUGGGGGGGCUAAACCCUCUCAUCAAGCAAAUGAACUCGCCCAAUGUCGAGGUACAGUGCAAUGCGGUUGGGUGCAUCACCAACUUGGCAACACACGAGGAGAACAAGGCCAAGAUAGCGAGGUCAGGAGCACUGGGCCCGUUGACUAGGCUGGCAAAGUCCAAGGAUAUGCGAGUACAAAGGAACGCAACAGGCGCGUUGCUAAACAUGACACACUCUGAUGACAACCGUCAACAGCUCGUGAAUGCCGGCGCGAUUCCAGUCCUUGUCCAGCUCCUUACUUCGCCCGACGUCGAUGUACAAUACUACUGCACGACCGCUCUUAGCAACAUAGCCGUGGAUGCCACCAACCGUCUGAAACUCGCUCAGACCGAAGGGCGCCUGGUGCACUCCCUAGUCCACCUGAUGGAUUCCUCAUCCCCAAAAGUACAGUGCCAGGCUGCAUUAGCGUUGAGGAACUUGGCGUCAGACGAACGAUACCAGCUCGAGAUUGUCCGCGCGCGAGGACUGCCUUCUCUCCUUCGCCUUCUCCAGUCAUCAUACCUUCCCCUCAUACUCUCCGCCGUCGCCUGCAUCCGAAACAUCUCUAUUCACCCCGCCAAUGAGUCGCCCAUUAUUGAUGCCGGCUUCCUCCGUCCCCUGGUCGAGCUUCUAGGGUCAACCGAAAAUGACGAGAUCCAAUGCCACGCAAUCUCCACUCUUAGGAAUUUGGCUGCAAGCUCCGACAGGAACAAACAACUGGUUCUGGAAGCCGGGGCAGUGCAGAAAUGCAAGCAGCUCGUCUUGAACGUACGACUGCCGGUUCAGUCCGAGAUGACCGCCGCUAUUGCAGUUCUGGCGCUGAGCGACGAACUGAAGCCCCAUCUUCUCGACCUUGGGGUGUUUGAUGUUCUGAUCCCUCUUACCGAGUCCGAGAGCAUAGAAGUGCAAGGGAACAGUGCGGCGGCUCUUGGAAAUCUGUCGUCGAAAGCAGUGGGUAACUACUCGAUAUUCCUGGAGAACUGGACCGAGCCUUCUGGUGGUAUCCACGGCUAUCUUCGACGAUUCCUAGCUAGCGGCGAUCCAACCUUCCAGCACAUCGCCAUCUGGACACUUCUCCAACUGCUAGAGUCCGAAGAUCCAAACCUACUAAGUCUGAUAUCAAAGUCAGACGAGAUCGUGCAGAUGGUCACGGAUAUCGCAGAUCGCAACAUCGAGUCCGACGACGAAGAUAACGAUGACGGUGAAGGCGAAGUCGUCAGUCUCGCCCGCCGGUGCCUGGAAAUUUUAGGAAAGAACCCCAAAACGCUAAUGGAGGGCUGA